AUGUCGCACCCGCAAGCUCAAGAUGAUCAAAACGUAAAUACCGGACCUAUCGUUGGCCGCUUUCCCAACCUAUUUGAAGUGCUGGGCCGGAGAACGGUCGCACCCCUAGAUCUUUUCUCCUUCUACAUCUACAUGCGAGACCAGCAACGAUCGGUAGACUACUUGGACUUUUGGCUCGAUGUAUCGCAACACCUCCACCUAUGCCGGCUGUAUGUGCGUAGGCUGCACAGGAGCAUGAUCGAGGAGACACCGGACAUGGAGAAGAAUAGCAAGCGGUCGUCCUACAUCUUGGACAACGCUGGGGAGGGACCUUCUAAUGAGAAAGGCGACAACAUGUCUGAUCAGCGCUUGUCCGCCUUCCUGCGCUCCGAUCGCGGAAGCCGCCACCAUUCACCACAGAACAGCCAAGGUAGUAAUCAGAGUCGCGAGCUUCCACAGCCAGGCCUGAACUUACACGAGACACCAGGUGACUCGACAGGGCAGAACUCGUCUACUGACAACACCUCACCUAAUCGGGAUGACUUGCGCGCAUCAGCUGAGAAGAUCCUCUACACAUACCUGCUGCCCGGAUCCGAGCGAGAGAUCAUUAUUCCCCAGAGUAUCCUCGCAGACGUUCAGGAAGCCAUAGAAGGACCCGAACAGCGUGCAGACCCGGAACUCUUUGAUCAUGCCAAAGACUACGUCUUUCAGGCCAUGGAGCGUGACGCAUUCCCAGGUUUCCUUCAGACCAAAGGGCUCGGCAACCUAGUUCCCCAGAGCAUGUUUGCGCGACUCAUUAUAGGCUUGAUCAGCUUCACCGCUGGCUGUUGGGCAGCCAUGGUUCUCAUCUUCCUGGACAAGUCAAGGUCUACACGGUGCUGGAUUAUCCUUCCCUUUGGUAUUGCCAUAUACCUCAUGUUAACAUACCAGUACAUGCUCGAUCCCCUCAUCGCCCUGGCCGGUUACAGCGAGUACACAUUCUUCGACUUCAACCGAAUUAGGGAACCGUUUGUCAAGAAGUCGCUCAACAGGCGCUCAUGCACCGUACUGAUCGUCUUCUUGAUUGUCACGACAGCUUGGUGCUGUCUCUUCAUCUUCGUCCCCGGCAAGCGUCUGUAAGACACGUCGGGUUACCUUUCACUUCUUACAUGACGUUAAUUGUUUAUUUUUUUUGUGGCAUUCUCAGCUGCACAAAUGGAUGCGGUACUGGGAAUAGCCUGAGGGGGAGGUGCAGAAGUAAUGCAAGCGGGCGACGUUAAGAUACCCCCUCGCUUCGUCGACAUAUGACCUACA